AUGAGUGAGUUCAAAAGGGUAAAAACAUCGGAAGAGAUACUGGAGUUUUUAGAUAAUGUAGACGUGAGUGAUGAUGAACCCACUAAUAUCAUUAUAAUUCUCCCAGAUGUUGAUUGUCUCACUGAUGAAGAAAAUGUAGACGAUAAUGCAAUUGUAAUAAAUGACGAUACAAAUGUACUCAGUAGUGACAUAUGUGAUACAUUUGAAAUUUUAAAUCAUAAUUUUGAAAUAGCUGGAACUUCAAAUGUAGACUCACAACCGCCAGAAAAUCCUAAAAUGGUCCCAUACUUUGGUCGGCAUUCUUGUAAAAUGGUUACUUAUUUCAGUUUUCACCUUAUGGUGGUGCUAGUAGGUACCAAACGAAUAGAAGGUUCGCCAUUAGGCUCAGAAGUUGUAUUCAAUCUUUUGGAGUCUGUUGAAAAUCCAAACUUGCAUAAAGUAUUUUUCGACAUUUUUUUUACUAGUUAUUCUCUAACGGCUAUGCUAAAAGAAAAAGGAUUCUUUGCGACAGGCACUGUGAGAGAAAAUCGCAUUGGUAAUUGUAAAUUAAAAUCUGUCAAACUGUUGGGAAAAGAAUGUAAAGGAAUAUUUGACUUUGCUUUUAAAAUAAAAAAUGAAAUUUGCGCAGUUCGUUGGAAUGACAAUUCAGUUGUGACGAAAAGAAAAAAAACUGUCAAUGUCCAGCAACCCAACGUAAUUCAGGAUUACAAUAAAAACAUGGGUGGCGUUAAUCUGCAUGAUAAUGCUAUAGAAAAUUACAGGAUUAGAGUCAAAGGGAAAAAUGGUGGUGGCCAUUUUUUAGCAACGCAAUCAAAACUUGUUUUGAGUUUGUUAAAAUCAUCAUCUGAUAAAUCAAAUGAAGUAACUAUCAAUGAGUCUGCAGUAUCCAUUACCAACACAAAUUUGGGUCAACCUUCGAAAAAUGCUCUACCUACAGCUAUAAGAAAGUACGAUAUUGGUCAUCUCAUUAUUCGAAAAAAUGUAAGAAGAAGAUGUCGCAAUUGUCAAUCACAAACAAUUUAUUUAUGUAUAAAGUGCAAUGUUUUUCUACAUCCAGAUUGUUUUCAAGAAUUCCAUGAAAAGUAA